CUCAAUUUGGACUGGCGGGAUUAAAUUUAGUAGCCAACCGGUGCAAAACCGACUGAGGAUGGACGACGAUACCGACGAGCUCGAGCGACACUGGGCAGCGCGUGUCCUUCAGCAAACGUGGCGAGAUUACACGGACCGGCAGUGGGCAAAAUGGCGGGCGCUUCAUACCACCGACGACGACGGCGACAACAGUCGUGCAUGCAAUUCAACGUCAAGUGCGAGACUUAACAGUGACAACGACGACGACGAAUCGCUCGUCGAUGACGCGCCGAGUAGCGGCAACAAUCCGCUGGAGUCGGCGCGCAGUGCAUCGGCCGAUCUUAGUGCGGCGCACGAAGCGCUCCUUGCGCAGCUCGAAGCCGACCCCGCGUACCAAUCGCUCGCGGCCACCGAGGUGGCGCUGGACGACCAAGUCCACUUUCUCCAGCAGCAGCAAGCUGCCGUCGCGAUGCAGCAGCGGCAGUUCCGACUACGGCAACUCGCAAAAGAAAAGGAGGAAAAGCAACGGCGCAAGCUAGCACGACAGCGCGCAAAAGAGCUGGCGCAGCGUCGCGCGGAAGAAGAAGAGAAGUUCCACACGCUUGAGACCAUGGCGAUCAUUCGGGACGUCGACUUUUCCAAGCGCGCGCCGACCAAGAAGGCCAAGCCGAAACCCCGACCGGCGCCCGCCAUGCCACCCCCCCUGGCGGUCGCGGAGAUCGCGCCCGUGAUGAAGAUAUACCCCCGCCUACCAAAUUUAGCGGCUACCACCAAAGGCACGGCGCGCAGCGCGGCGGCCGAAGUCGACGAGCCCCCGCCUAAAAUUGAUCACACCAAGAAGACGAUUGCGUGCUACGCCCAAGACCUCACGCCGCUUCUGAACGGCGAAAAGCCCAAGCGUGUCAAAGUUGCACUGCCAAAGAAGGAAAAGCAUCGCAAGCCGCGCGUCUCCUCCAAGGCCACCAAGCCUGCACCAAGCAACCAAGUCGACGAGCCGCCAUUCUCCGCGGUCCAAGCCGACGUGGUGCCCCCCGCGAUUCGCGUCCCAAAAAAAAACGAGUAUGGCAAGUCAGCCAUGACGUCGGCGCCGUUGACGGCCGAGAUCAAGCACUUGUCGUGGAUGACGACGCUUCAAAAGGAAUUUGACCAAGUCGUUCUACAGUCGCCCAGCGAGCCGCCACCGCCCUUGUCGUCGUUUGCGCAAAGUCUUGCAUCGACGCCGGCCUCGUCGACGCUGUCACCGCGGAUACCGCUGGCACUUGGUAUGAAAGGGCAGCACAAUGCUUCACUGCUGACGACGACGACAAACGCGCCAAGUGCAUCCACCGACGCGGAUGCACAUGCAGCGUUGGCCGCGCGGCGUGAGUUUCUUCUGGGCAAAUAUGGGAAAAGCCAAACACCCGACCAACCGCUCGUUGCCGACACGACCGAUCGGCUGCAGUCGAUUCUGAACAAAUACAAGGCAGUGACAAGCUCCGUAGCGGACGACCGAACGUCCAUCACGCCCUCGAGUACACAGAGCCUCUUGGCAAAAUAUGCAGGCGCGAGUCUUGUCGGCGGUAAUAGAGCAUAGCCAUCAGGAUAUGAUGUUGUGAUUUUGGGA